UGGCCUCGAUUUUCCUUCUCUUUUGGAUGGCCACCACCGCAUAGGGCCUGAAUGUCCGGCUGUUUUCCGAGGACAGAAAGAAGACUCUGUAUUUGUCUGUUUUGGGGGCAGCCUUGUAGGAGAGCCAUCGAAUGGGCCACGGAUUCAGCGCGCUUUCAUGUGAAUGGGACCAGUUUCUGUUCUUCCCAGACCUCAGAGCUUAAGCACUUGGGAAGGAGAUUUGGCCAAGAUGACACACUUGCAGGCUGGGCUCAGUCCAGACACGAUAGAGAAAGCCCGCCUAGAACUGAAUGAAAACCCGGACGUUUUACAUCAGGACAUUCAACAGGUCAGAGACAUGAUCAUCACCAGGCCGGACAUUGGGUUUUUACGUACAGAUGAUGCCUUCAUCCUGCGUUUUCUCCGAGCCAGGAAGUUUCACCAAGCCGAUGCCUUCAGACUCCUGGCCCAGUACUUUCAGUACCGCCAGUUAAACCUGGACAUGUUCAAAAACUUCAAGGCAGAUGAUCCCGGCAUUAAGAGGGCUUUGAUUGAUGGGUUCCCUGGAGUGUUGGAAAACCGAGACCACUACGGCAGGAAGAUUCUCUUGCUGUUUGCUGCCAAUUGGGAUCAGAGUAGGAACUCCUUCACAGACAUCCUUCGUGCCAUUCUGCUGUCCCUGGAAGUCCUCAUCGAAGAUCCUGAGCUGCAGAUAAAUGGUUUCAUUUUAAUUAUAGACUGGAGUAAUUUUUCCUUCAAACAAGCCUCCAAAUUGACACCUUCGAUCCUUAAACUGGCCAUUGAAGGAUUGCAGGAUAGCUUUCCUGCCCGCUUUGGAGGAGUCCAUUUUGUCAACCAGCCCUGGUACAUCCAUGCCCUGUACACGCUCAUCAAGCCAUUCCUUAAAGACAAGACAAGAAAGCGGAUUUUCCUACAUGGAAACAAUUUAAACAGCCUUCACCAGCUGAUACACCCUGAGUUUCUGCCCUCUGAAUUUGGAGGAACCCUCCCUCCUUAUGACAUGGGGACUUGGGCCCGGACAUUGCUUGGUCCUGACUACAGUGAUGAAAAUGACUAUACCCACACCUCCUAUAAUGCCAUGCACGUGAAACAUACCUGCUCCAACCUGGAGAGAGAGUGCUCACCCAAGCCCAUGAAACGAUCUCAGUCUGUGGUAGAAGCUGGCACCCUGAAACACGAAGAGAAGGGAGAAAAUGAGAACACGCAGCCACUGCUGGCUCUGGACUGAGCCACAUCAUGUGAUGCUCCCAUGCACAAGCCUCCAGUGGAGCCGCCACCCAGGAAGCACCUG